UGUUUUAUACCCUUAAUUUUACGUGCCCACCUCUCUCUCUCUUUCUCAACACCCAUCUCCAUUAAAACGCCCUUCCCAUCUGGCAAAUCUCCGAUGAUAAUGGACGUUGGCAUGUCGAACCCUCCCCCAUCUCGUACAAAGGACUUCUUCGCAUCACCAGCUCUCUCCCUCUCCCUCGCCGGCGUCUUUCGUGGCGCUGCUCCUGCACCCUCAGAAGUAGAAGAAGGUGAUGAAGAGAGUGGAGGCGGCUGCAGAGACGAUGCCGCCGAUAUAAGUAGUGAAAACACGGGCCAUGGACGAUCGGAAGAUGAUGCAGACGUCGAUGGAUUACCAGAAGAAGAAGGAGAUGAUAAAGAGAAUAAGAAGAAGAAGAGAAAAAGAUAUCACAGGCAUACAGCUGAUCAGAUCAGAGAAAUGGAAGCACUAUUCAAAGAGUCACCACAUCCAGAUGAGAAGCAGAGGCAGCAGCUGAGCAAGCAGCUAGGGCUGGCUCCAAGGCAAGUGAAGUUCUGGUUUCAGAACCGUCGAACCCAGAUCAAGGCGAUUCAAGAGCGGCAUGAAAACUCGCUACUGAAAUCGGAAAUGGACAAGCUUAAAGAAGAGAAUCGAUGCAUGCGAGAGACUAUAAAGAAAGCGUGCUGCCCCAACUGUGGCUUUGCCACAUCCAACAAAGACUCAACCAUGACAACCGAAGAACAGCAGCUCCGCAUUGAAAUUGCUCGACUCAAAGCUGAGAUUGAAAAACUACGGGGAGCUGCCGGAAAAUUCCCCGGCGGCACUGCAUCGCCAAGCUCGUCGUGCUCAGCGGCCGGUGAUGAUCAAGAGAACAGGAGUUCCUUAGAUUACUACACUGGAUUUUUCGGGAUAGAGAAAUCCAGGAUUUUGGAGAUCGUGAACCAUGGAGCAGAUGAACUCACAAAGAUGGCUACAGCAGGGGAGCCCUUGUGGAUCCGAAGCGUCGAGACAGGCCGGGAGAUACUGAACUACGAUGAGUAUGUCCGUGAGUUCUCGCCAGGAGACUCAACCACUACAGGGACCCGUCGAUCGAUCGAAGCCUCUCGAGAGACUGGUGUAGUCUUCUUGGAUAUCAAUAGGCUCGUUCAAGCUUUCAUGGACGUAAAUCAAUGGAGGGAAAUGUUUCCGUUCAUGAUCUCCAAAGCUGCAACCGUUGAUGUUAUUCGCAACGGCGAAGGUGAAAAUAGAAACGGUGCCGUACAACUGAUGUUUGAAGAGGUACAGAUGCUGACGCCUAUGGUCCCCACAAGAGAGGUAUACUUCGUCAGACACUGCAAGCAGCUGAGUCCUGAGAGCUGGGCCAUCGUUGAUGUAUCCAUCGACAAACUCGAGGACAGCAUCGACGCCUCUCUGGGAAAAUGUCGAAAACGCCCCUCGGGUUGCAUCAUCCAGGACAAACUAAAUGGCCAUUGCAAGGUGAUUUGGGUGGAGCAUUUGGAGUGUCAAAAGAGCACAAUACACAGCUUGUAUCGGUCGAUUGUUAGUAGCGGCCUGGCGUUUGGAGCCAAACACUGGAUGGCAACACUGCAGCUUCAUUGCGAGAGGUUCGUUUUCUUCGUGGCGACCAACGUUCCUACCAAGGAUUCCAAUGGGGUUUCGACAUUGGCUGGAAGGAAAAGCAUUUUGAAAUUAGCACAACGCAUGACGUGGAGCUUCUGUCGUGCAAUCGGUGCAUCAAGCUACCACACAUGGACCAAGCUUUCGAUGAAGGGUGGAGAUGACAUACGUGUGGCAUCUAGGAAGAACUUGAAUGAUCUAGGGGAGCCUCAAGGUGUGAUCCUUUGUGCAGUUUCUUCCGUUUGGCUGCCUGUCGCUCCACUUGCGUUGUUUGAUUUCCUAAGGGACGAUGCUAGGAGGAAUGAGUGGGACAUCAUGUCGACUGGUGGGCCAACACAAGCGAUCGCGAACCUAGCCAAAGGACAGGAUCGCGGCAAUUCCGUUGUGCUACAUGCGGCCCAAUCCAAGGAGAGCAGCAUGUGGAUUCUCCAAGAUAGCUGUACAAAUGCAUUCGAGUCGACGGUAGUCUACGCUCCGGUGGAUAUCGCGAGCAUGCAGUUAGUGAUGACAGGACGCGACUCGAGCAGCAUUGCCUUGUUGCCAUCUGGAUUCUCAAUUCUGCCAGAUGGGCUCGAGGAACGGCCCCUAGUGAUCACAUCCAGGCCUGAAGAGCGGGCUGCCGAAUGUGGUUCGUUACUGACCGUUGCUUUUCAAAUCCUUGCCAAUGCAUCGCCUACAGCGAAGCUGACAAUGGAGUCUGUGGAGACUGUUAAUACUCUUAUUUCAUGUACCCUGCAAAAUAUUAAGACCAGCUUGAAAUGUGAGGAUGGAUGAAGACUCUCUCUCUCUCUCUCUCUCUCUCUCUCUCUCUCUCUCUCUCUCAGUUUACAAAUUUUGGGUGUACCAAAAUAACGGUCCACACCAUAAGAGUAAGGAGUUUUUGUACCUAACUCUUCAUAUAUGAUCUGUUAAUAUAGUGUAAUUAAUCGAUGGAAGAAAGAUGCAUGGUUUCUGUGUUUCCAUGGGAA